AAACAGAAGAAACAAGGUGGAGUUGUUAUGAGUUAAAAGUAACUAGUGGUGCAGCUGAGGGAGAAUCGUAAGCCCCAAAGCUUUGCUCUUUCGAGUUCCGAUGCUUGCUGUUGAUUCAUCUCUAAUUUCAAUCCAAUCCCCUGAUUUUAUUAGUUAAUCAAGGAAGAAUAUGGGGUCAUCCACCGCAUCUCCAUUGUCUCUCUUCAUCUCACCUGACACUGAAAGCCCCUCCUUUCUACGACGACCUCGACGCCGUGGCAGCAACCUUUCAUUCCUCACAUCUCCGACCGCAUUUCUCUGUUAUCCAAGAUCCUCAAACUCCCGAACUCUGCGUCUCUCUGCAUCUCUUCUUCACUCGAACGUCGACCUCUCCUGGUCCCCUCCCGACCCCAAUUCACUACCCAACGACUAUGGUGGUUGGGCUGUUGUUCAAGCUCCUCCGAAUCGAAGCACAAAAAAAAAAGGAUUCUCUAGCGUUUUUGUUGGGGGUUUAAUUGGGUCUUCAGCUGCCGUUGCAAUUGCCGCCAUUGCAUACUUUUCGCUCAGUAGAAAGGGGUUUAAGUUCCAGUUUAGCAGUCCAUUGAAUACUUUACACGGGGUCUUUAGCUGGACUGAGAUGAAAGGUGAUCGAACCACAGCUACGGACUAUCUUGAAGCUGAUGAAAAGGUUGCUGAGGCACCUGAAGCUAUACCUGACUGUGUACCUCCUACAACUACUGAAACUGUUGCUUCAGAUAAGCGUCAACGUAUCAUGGUACCAGUUGCUGUGGAUUCUACUCAACAGGAAGCUUUAUUGGUUCUAAAAAAGCUGAAGAUCAUUGAAGAUGAUGUCAGAGCUGAUGAAUUAUGCACAAGAAGGGAAUAUGUGAGAUGGCUUGUUCGUAUGAGUUCUUUAUUAGAAAGGAACCCUAAGCAUAGGAUUAUUCCAUCUAUUGCACUUUCUGGAUCAAAAACUGCAGCAUAUGAUGAUGUUGGUGCUGAUGACCCAGAUUUUGAGUCCAUUCAAGCCUUGGCAGAGGCAGGCAUCAUUCCCAGCAAGCUCUCAGGGAGGAUUACCGGUUCUGACAGUUCAAAAGGCCAAGAAGGAAUCAACUUUUCUCCUGACCGAUUCAUUUCUCGACAGGAUCUUAUAAACUGGAAAGCCCUGGUAGAGUAUGACUGUGAGCCAGGAGUAAUAGAGCAGAUAUCAAGGACAAAGAUAGAUUAUAUGGAUUUGAAGGAGAUCAGUCCAGAUUCGUCACCCGGACUCUUUAUAGACAUGUUGGCUGGGGAAAAGAGCAUACUUAGAAAAGUUUUUGGACAAAGCAAGCGAUUUCAAUCAAAUAAACCUUCAUCAAAAGCACAAGCAUCAGUGGCAUUGACAAGUGGCCGGAUGGCAGAAGCAAUUUCUAAUGAGUUGUUGAAACUAGAAACUGAGAGUUCUUCAAGGAGAGCUGAGAUGAAAGAAAUCAAGUCUGAGUUGCUUGAAAAGGGAGACAUACAGAGGUUUUGGGAUGAAAAGCUGAAUGAAGAAAGAACCCGCGGUAUUGAGGUGGAGAAGCUUUAUUUUUCUGCGGCUCAGGACCUGGAACUGGAGAAGAUUUUUCAGGAGAAGUGGUCUGCUGAGUCUCUUAAGGAAAAGGCAGCAAUGGACUGCCAGAGGCAAUUGCUUUCUAGUCUGAAAGAAGAGGUUGCUGAGAUGUCAGGAAGGCUUGCAUCUGAGAGGACGAUGUAUGAGGCUGAGCAGAGUAAGUUGCAUGCUAUGCUCAGUGGUUUACAGUCCAAGCAAGAACGAAUACUUGAUGCAAAAUCCAUAUUGGAAACUGAGAUUGAAGCUCUUCGAAUUCUCAGAUCUUGGGUAGAGGAUGAAGCAAGAAAAAGCCAAGCCCGAGCUAAGGUUCUUGAGGAGGUUGGACGAAGAUGGAAAUGCAAUGACCAAGCUUGAUUGUCAAUCAGCUGGAAGUAGAGUCGGCACUGACAGCUUCAAAAUAUUAACAUCAGAAGGCUAUAUAAAAAAUCUGAUGGAGGGCAAUAAAAGAAAUCUUUAUUAUUUUGUUGAGCAUGCUCAGGAUGGGGUACUUUGGUCAAAGUGUUGAUAUCUGGAUUAUAUAUACUCAUUUUUGCAUGAUGUUGCCCAUAAGGUUUCAUUUUUUCCAUUGUCCUUUUAUAGUAGUUUACAGUUGAAGAAUCGAAGGGGACGAAGGAAGUCGAGAAUCAAUAUUAUUCAUGUGUGGGCACAUGCCCUUUUCUUUAUUGAA